GACUAGGAACAAUUCACUUGCAUCUGCAGGGAAGGGACCACGUGAGAAGAAGAAGAAGAAGAAGAAGAGGAGGAGGAAGAAGACGGCGGCGGCUGAGACCAGGUCGCACUUCAACUCCGUCGUCGGCCGUGACGGAGAUCGAAGCCACCGUCCACCGCCGACGGCGGUGGAAGCGACGACUUUCUUCAUUCUUCUGAAGUUGGUUAACCCCUCGGCGUUGUUGACCAAGUUCCCACUGUUUUUUCUUUCUUCCAUUUUUUCUCACAGCUUCCCUUCAUCUUCCCUCUCUUUUCCGUGAAAAACCCCCCAAACCGCCAUGAGAACCACGGCCACAUGCUCUUUAAAUUCCCUCCCUCUCCACCUUCCUCGAGCGAACCCAACGUCACGACGACAUGGCGUGCACCAUCAACCUCGGGAAAGCCUUAGCGACCGGCAGUUUCCCCUCCUCCAGGCGUGCUCUCUCGCCGAACCUCGCCGCCUCUGUAUCCCUCCGCCGUGCCCUUCGCAGCCCGCCGGCAGCCCUGCGUGCAGCCUCCGAUGACGACCGGUUCACCGUCCUGGUGGCGGACCAGCUCGGGGAUGCGGGGCUGGGGAUGCUCAGGGAUUUCGUGGAAGUUGACUACGCCGUUGACCUCGCGCCCGAGGAGCUGUGCGCGAGGAUCGGCGGGUGUGACGCGCUCAUCGUCGGGAGCGAGAUGAAGGUGAGCAGGGACGUGUUCGGCUGCUCCCGCGGGAGGCUGAAGGUGGUCGGGAUCGCCGGGGGUGGGAUCGACAAUGUGAACUUGGCCGCGGCAAACGAGAAUCGGUGCUUGGUGGUGAAUGCACCGAGUGCGAGCGCAACUGCGGUGGCCGAGCACGCGAUUGCGCUCCUGACGGCCAUGGCCCGAAACAUUGCGCAGGCUGCAGUUUCAGUGAAGUCGGGUAAUUGGCAACAGAAAAAGUAUGUGGGCAUGUCUCUUUCAGGGAAGACCCUUGCUGUUAUGGGUUUUGUCGAGGUUGGGUUUGAUGUUGCCCGACGUGCCAAAGGUCUUGGAAUGCACGUAAUUGCAUAUGAUCCAUACGCCUCUGGUCAUCUAGCCCGUGCAAUUGGGGUGGAGUUGGUGACAUUCGACAAAGCCAUAGCAAAUGCAGAUUUCAUCUCCUUACAUAUGCAUCUUACUCCUGCCACACAGAAGAUGCUUAAUGACGAGACCUUUGCAAAGAUGAAGAAAGGCGUUCAAAUUCUGAAUGUUGCUCAUGGAGGAUUGAUUGAUGAAGAUGCUCUAGUCAGGGCACUUGAUUCAGGAAUUGUGUCUCGGGCAGCAGUAGAUGUUUUGAUAGAGGAGCCGCCACCAAAAGACAACAAGCUGGUCCAACAUGAGAAAGUUAUCGUUACCCCAAAUCUUGGAGACAGUACUUUUGAAGCUCAGGAAGAAUUGGCUAUCGAAAUUGCAGAAGCUGUCAUUAAAGCUUUAAAAGGAGAACUUCCUUCAACUGUAGUCAACGAACCGAUGGUUGCUGCUGAGGUUCUUGCAGAGUUGAAACCAUUUCUGGACCUUGCAAUCAAUCUAGGAAGAUUUGCCGUCAAACUAAUAGCGGGAAGAGGUGGUUUUAAAGCAGUAAAAGUCACGUACGCUUCCGCUAGAGAACCAGAUCAACUUGAUACGAAACUCCUCCGGGCAGGGGUUAUCAAGGGCCUGAUCGAACCCAUUUCCAGCGUCAUCGUCAACUGGGUGAAUGGAGAUUCAGUAGCUAAGCAAAGAGGACUCAGAAUUUCCGAAGAGCGAGUCACUUUGACAGGUUCACCAGAGUACCCUCUCGAGUUCAUCCGGGUUCAGAUUGCAAACGUGGAAUCGAGAUUCGACAGCGCCUUAUCGACGUCCGGGGAUAUCGAAGUGGAGGGACGGGUAAAAGACGGGCUCCCCUUCUUGACGAAGGUCGGGAAUUUCGAGGUAGACGUUCGGUUGGAAGGGUGCAUCCUGCUCUGCAGGGCGAUCGAUCAGCCGGGUUUGAUUGGAAAGAUCGGAAGCAUCCUGGGAGAGGCCAACGUGAACAUCGGCUUCAUGAAAGCUACCAGGACCACCAUGAACUCGGAGAACUCGGAAUGUAUGAUCUCGAUCAAGCUGGAUGAUCAGCCCACCAAGGAAACGCUGAAGAAGAUCGGCGAGAUCGCCGCGAUUCGGGAGUUCGUGUUCCUGAUUGUGUAAACGUGAGAAUGACACAUUAUUUCAUUGUACCUGGAGAACACAUUAUUUGAUUAAUUCCCUUUCAUUUCUGCCUUUGUACAGAUAUGUCACUUGUUAAGAUUCAAUUGCUUGAAUAAAAUCGGUUCCCCUUUGGAGAA